AUGCACCGAAUCUACACCGACGGGAGCAAACAUGACGGAGGGGUCGGAGCAGCAGUCAUAAUACACCACCCUGAUGGCCGACACACAAUCAAACGCAAAAAGCUACAUAAAUUCUGUUCCGUAUUCCAAGCCGAAUGCGUAGCCAGUAUCUAUACUGCCUGCGAAACAUGUAUCCACCUCCAAAUAACCCAUUGCACCGUGUUUUCCGACUCCUUGUCAGCAUUACAGGAAAUCGCCAAUAGAAACAGCACAAACAGUAUAGUCAACAGCAUUCAUCGGAAAAUCCACCAAAUCACACAAGGAGGCACAAUACAGUUCUGUUGGAUCAAGGCCCAUGCAGGACUGCUUGGAAAUGAGGAAGCCGACCAGGAAGCCAAAACCGCCGCCACUCUCCACCGUGCACCCGACUUUGACCACAUUCCCAUCUCCUACAUUAAGCACCUCUGUAAAACUGAAACACAAAAAGCGCACUGCAAUGACUACCUCACCUCUACCACCGGAAUGCACCUAAAGAACUGGCUACCAACUCUUAACCACAUCAAAGAACUCCGGAACAAGACCACCAUUUCCUUCCAUCUAACCCAAAUUCUCACCGGACACGGCUACCACAAGAAAUACCUAAAAAGAAUGAAAAUUAUCACCGACGAUCUCUGCCCCUGUGGCAGAAACACCCCACAAACAAUAGACCACCUUCUACGAUCAUGCCCAAAAUUCAGCAUAGCAAGAUUCAACCAAUUUCCAAAUUCAACCUUUCAGCCUCCCAGACCUCAUUAG